CGCAGGCGCAACAAGCUUCCCGGACAGUCAACAGCAACAGCGGAGAACCUCAACAUGGCCCCCAAAUUUGAACUUCCAAACGCCGCGGCGAUCGUCUGGCUGCUCGUCCUCUGUCUGAUCCCCCCGGCGGAGGCUUACGACACGGGCGACGCUUUAGCCCUACUCCUGGGCACCGUCCUGGCCGUGGUGGGCUUCUGCAUCUGCCUCGGCUGGUACGCACGGAGGCGGAACGGACAGCUGUGAGGAGAUGGGACCCUUCCGAUCGUGCGCCAGUCCUGUCCUGUUUACCAUCCACCGCAUUAAUCCCUCCCUGUGUGUGUGUGAGAUCUCCGGCGGACCUUCUAGCACAGGGGGUCGUGUCGAAGCGGCUGAUAGGAAACGUGCCUUAUUGGAAUUAAUGCGUCGGGCUCGACGGGAACCACGUGGACUCUGUUGAGGGAGGUGGAGGGAAGCAUCCAGGAAGUUCAAAACCAGGAACUGUUACUUGUUGCACUGCUGAGAUUCAGAACCAAACACAGUUGCCUUCUAUACGUAAAGACUGCUGCAGUUAUUCUCCUAUAAGGAAGCUUGCAUUGCAUAUGGCGCAUAUUUGCUAUGCUUGAAGUAAUCACUGCGAUUUCCAGAUGUGUUUAUGUUCGCAAUGCUCAACACAACCAUUGCCAUUGUUUGAAGCACAAUAUCACACGUGUGUUAUUAGGUGAAAAAGAGUGGAGCUGUUUUUGCACUUUCUGCUAAUGAAACAUGUGACUAUCGCUUUGUGAAGAAUAAAUUGAUUUCUCCGAUGCUCUUCA